AAUCUGUCAUUAAAUUUGAUGAACAUGGGAAUUAAAUCCAAUUUUCGUCUUCAAUUAAUCAAAAUUUACAUUUACUGAAUUAAUUUUCGCAUUUUAGCAGUUUUUUAAAAUCCACCCUGAAUUCCAGUCAACUAUUUUUUAUUUGCUAAUACUCUUACAACGCACGCGCAGAACAUCUAUCGCCCGAAAUUUCCCAGCGCCAUAUUGAGAGGCGGACGUUGUAUGACUUGAGUGAUUAAUCGUGGUUAGUGCAAUAAAUUGAAGUGGAACAGUUGAUCGUGCCCUAUGGAUAUACAUUUGGGAGUGGUGUGCCUCGGUUGAAAGGCCUGCCGAAAGGACAGGGCUCCGCGCGCGAGGACGGAUUGCGGCCCUCCGCUCUGAGGAAUCAUGGAGUGUUGCAUGUCAGAAGAAGCCAAAGAACAGAAAAGAAUCAAUCAAGAGAUAGAGCGGCAACUCCGAAAGGACAAACGCGAUGCCAGGAGAGAACUCAAACUGCUACUGCUUGGUACUGGCGAGUCCGGCAAGUCAACAUUUAUCAAGCAGAUGAGAAUCAUCCAUGGCUCCGGCUACAGCGACGAUGACAAGCGUGGAUUCAUCAAACUCGUUUACCAGAACAUCUUCAUGGCGAUGCAGAGUAUGAUACGAGCGAUGGAUCUUCUUAAAAUACAGUACGGGAAUCCGUCCAACGCUGAGAAGGCAGAGUUGAUAUCAUCAAUCGACUUUGAGAGUGUUACAACGUUCGAGAGCCCGUAUGUGGAGGCGAUCAAGGGCCUAUGGGCCGACUCCGGCAUCCAGGAGUGUUACGAUCGCAGGCGAGAAUACCAGCUCACCGAUUCAGCCAAAUACUACUUGCAGGAGAUAGACCGCGUGGCGGCUCCGAAUUAUUUACCAACUGAACAAGACAUCCUCCGCGUGAGAGUGCCCACAACGGGCAUUAUAGAAUAUCCGUUUGACCUGGAGGAGAUAAGAUUUAGUUAUUUAAGCGAUCUGGCCAGGAUCGAGAAAGACGAUUAUCUGCCGACCGAGCAGGACAUCCUUCGAGCUCGUCAGCCGACCACCGGCAUUCUAGAGUAUCCGUUCGAUCUCGACGGAAUCAUAUUUAGAAUGGUGGACGUCGGGGGCCAAAGAUCCGAGCGAAGGAAGUGGAUUCACUGUUUUGAAAAUGUCACAUCUAUCAUAUUCUUAGUAGCUCUUAGUGAAUAUGAUCAAAUUUUAUUCGAAUCUGAAAACGAGAAUCGAAUGGAGGAGUCAAAGGCUUUGUUCAAGACGAUCAUCACGUACCCAUGGUUCCAACACUCGUCGGUGAUCCUCUUCUUGAAUAAGAAGGAUUUGCUCGAGGAGAAGAUCAUGUAUUCCCAUCUAGUGGACUACUUCCCAGAAUACGACGGUCCCCAGCGCGACGCCAUCACGGCGCGCGAGUUCAUCCUGAGAAUGUUCGUUGACCUCAACCCCGACGCCGAGAAAAUCAUCUAUUCGCAUUUUACCUGCGCGACAGAUACUGAGAACAUCCGGUUUGUGUUCGCCGCGGUCAAAGACACAAUCCUACAGUCCAACCUAAAGGAGUACAACCUCGUCUAAGCGAAACCACCUGGUCACUGACACAAAUCUGUGAUUGUGUAAAACACAUAAUUUAAACAUCAUCACUUCACGACAGAAUGUGUAAAUUCACGAACUGAGAUCAGACGAAGUUUUCAUCUAAAAAAAUGAUUUAAAAAAAUAAGUAUAGAUUGUAAGUCAUUUAACCCAAACUAGGAUCGGGGCCGGCCCGCCCCGUCCACGGAUCGCGCGACGCGCCAGGUUUUUUGACAUGUUUUUUUAUGAUGAAGUUAUUCACAAUUUAUGUAAGUGUCUGUAUCAGUGAAUAUUAAAUUGUGCAUUUUAAAGUUAUGGUGAGUCUUGGCCUUACCAUGAGCUGCUUUUAGUCAUUGUUUUAGGAUUUUUGUAAAGUUUGUUGCCAUAUCUUUCUACAUUAGUAUACAUUUUUAUUGUGUCCAGACGGAUUUGAACAAACUAGUCCAAUGAACUUAUGCGUAUUUUAUCAACCUCGUGGGUCGAGACAGUUGUUGCUGUUCUAUCGACGAUGGUGUAGUAGUUCGUGGGAGCCUCGUCAUAGUUUCGAUGUCGGUAUCGAUGAGGCGGCCCACGUCUCGAACCCUCGACGCGCCCGGGCCGCGUGUCCCGGGCCCGCUACCUCGCCGACUGUCUCUAUACAGAUAUCAAUAUAACAUAAUAAUAUAUCACUACCGUUUGUUCUGUUAGCUUGGAAGAUUUAUAUAUUUAUUAUUGUAUUUAAAGAUUACGUUACUUUUGUACAUUGGAAUUUUAUUAUUUAAGCUGUUUAUAUUUAAAGAUGGUGUUUUUCUACACGAAUUGACGUCAAGCAAAUGAUUUAUGUUAACUGUAGGCUUUAUGUAUGCGAUGGUCUGGUGUAUUUGGUUUUUUUCCUAAUGUGUACGAAAAUUCCAAUCAGCUAGCCGUACGUGAAAUAUAGGAAGUUAACUACGUUAGUUGUUUAAGGACAUUUUUGAUGCAUUUGAUAUAAACUUUUUUUACUAGAAACCCAAGGGAAAUACCAAUAAAGCGAACGUGAAAAGUAAAUGUAAAAACCGAAUCAGAUGUUUUUUGCACGAAAGCUUUUACCACAUGAAUGUAAUAUAUUGUACAUUUGGGUCUAAAUGUGUGUGAAUAAUUGAGCUGACAGUGCAGUGCCAAGUUUUGCUAUUGGCAUUCUUUUAUAUUAUAAACUUAAGCACAAAUAUACAUACGUUUAUAAAUGUUUUCCAUAUUUUAUAGUUCUAUCAUUCUAUGCUUAAUUUAGUGUGUUGUGUUACUUUAGUUAUUUAUGUAUAGUAAGAAACAAAGUUUCUAUUUUGGUAUGUAACAUAAUAUUAACUUAUUCGUUGUUGUGUCAUUAUCAUUAUUUUUUAUACAUUUUAAGCAUAUCGAUUUCUUCAAUGUAAGCACACCGUGACAAACUGACCUGUCAAUAGCAAAACUGUAUGCUUUUUUUAAUAUACAGCUGUCUGAAAUGCUCAAAAUAAUGUGAAAUAUAAUAACUUAUCGCACAAACUUUGUAAUUGAUAUAAUAACCCACUGAAGUGCAAUCUCUGUGUAUGCCCUGUACAUAGAAACUAUAUUUCUUUUGUGCAAUUGUACAGCAAUAUUGUGAAUUAGUUUGGGCCCGGCGUGGUAACCGCGCGCGUGACGACGCGCUGAGGCCACACACGACUCUGUGCUUUAUAAUCAUGCGAAUAGAUCAGUAUUCCAUUCGCCGCUUUAUUCGUAAAGCGGUAGUAAGGAGCAGUGCGUUCUCUCGAAAUUCGUAACUGAUCGUCUGGGCGCGUGUAUUCCUCCGGCAUUUAUCUUUGGAGAUGAUUUAAUCCCGCCCAGCACGCGAAAUCGGAAUGUUAGCUAAAACAAAACUAAACACAGCACAAAAUGAGCAGAGGUCAAAAUCCGCUAAACGACUCGAUUUAUAUCGGCUCCGUCUCUUUCGCUCAAGCCGUGCAGGCGGUAUGGGUGAGGGAGACGGACAGUUUUUCGGAGGCUGCCUCUAAUAUUGGGUACUAGCAGUAGAGUAGGCGCGUGUCGUGGCCGCGCGUCGCCGCGCCGACGCCGCGGAUUCGUAUCUUCCUUACGAAUGGACUGAAAUUCAUGUAUUGGAGAUUCUGUUUAUUUUUACGGUUGGGCGAUGACUACAGAAUAUUGCUAUAACUAUAUUAUAGUCUAACGUUGCUUUACCUUUUGCGUGAGAUUGUGAGAAUUUUAGCUUAAGUUCCGACUGAAGAUGGAUGCCUGUAUGAAAUAUUGUAAAUUAUAAUUUCUCAUAAAAUAUAAUUUUUUUCAGCUAAA